CCGUCAGUCUGGGUAGCUGUAUGGGGAAGCUGUGCAUGAUGUUGUGGGCAUUGUUCCUGGCUGCCUCCAUGAUGGCUCCAUGCCUGCCAGCAAAGGCUUUCUCUUGGGGAGCCCUCACUGGCCUUCAUGGUGUUCUCACUGGAGUCUCUUUUCAGUUUGCAGAAGGGUAGUGAUGUCUGCCUGGGCCUAUGGGUGUGCGACUAGCCUCACAGAGGGCAGAGCUAGAGAGGCUCUGCUGCUGCCUCGGGGUUUUGAUGCGGCAGCUUUCCUCCCGGGUGCUGAGCGGCCAUGGCCCAUCGAGGUCUGGGGCUGGGCACGGAGGGAGGUCUGAUGAGAUACGCUGCAGCACCUUAUCUACCCUACCCGAGUCGCGGGCGAGGCAUCCCGGCACUGUAACGUACCUGUUGGUGACGCCGCAGCUGUGCCGUAGCUGUGUGUCUGUCCGUCCGUCCGUCCGUCCGUCCCUCCCUGUCGCUUCCCGCGGCUCGCGCCGCUGCCCCUCGUUCAAUAAAGCGCGGGCCGGGCUUCUCGUCGCCAUGUCUGCUGCGCCGCUAUUGGCUGGAAGGGUACGACCUCUGCCAAUCACAGAGGGGCCUCCGGAAGUGUCCUCGCGUCUUGGGCUGAGCAUGAUGGCGGCGCCGCUGCGCGGACGGCUCCGGGCGCUGGCGCUGGGAGGCUGCGGGCUGCUUCUGGGAUCGGCGCUGGCGGCAGGCGACGAGCGGCUUUACGCGGCGGCGGUGAUGCCCGCGCUCCGGGCGUUACCUCCUGAGGCCGCCCACGGCCUGGCUUUACGCGCCGCCGCCCUCGGGCUGCUGCCCUCCACCCGUCCCGACGGCCCCGCGCUGGAAGUGCGAGUCCUCGGGCAGCGAUUCCGCAACCCAUUGGGACUGGCUGCUGGCUUCGACAAACAGUGUGAGGCUGUGGACGGGCUGUACAAGAUGGGCUUUGGCUUUGUGGAAGUGGGGACUGUCACACCCAAGCCCCAGGAAGGGAACCCCAAGCCCAGGGUCUUCCGGCUGGCAGAGGACGAGGCGGUCAUCAACAGGUAUGGAUUCAACAGCCAUGGCCAUGUCGUGGUGGAGCGCAGGCUGCGAGCCCGCCAGGAGACACAGAUGAGGCUCACUGGUGGUGAGACAAAGCUUCUGGUCCUGGGACCUCCUUUUUCGGAUGCUCUGGCUGUUGGGUGGUGGUUGGUCCUGCUGCCCUGGUUCAACUGCGUCUGGGUUCCAGCUGGAAUGCCUCUUGGAGUCAACCUGGGCAAGAACAAGAGCUCUACUGAUGCUGCAGCUGACUAUGUGGCUGGGGUCCGGACACUGGGCCCUUUGGCUGACUACCUUGUUGUGAACGUGUCCAGCCCAAACACCCCAGGGCUGCGGGACCUGCAGGGCAAGUCUGAGCUGCGGGACCUGCUAAGCAAGGUGCUGGUGGAGAGGGACCUGCUGCCCUGCAAGCGUAAGCCAGCUGUGCUGGUGAAGAUUGCCCCUGACCUCACUGCACAGGACAAGCAGGACAUCGCCAGCGUUGUCUGUGAGCUAGGUGUGGAUGGGCUGAUAGUGAGCAACACCACUGUGAGCCGGCCCAGCAGCCUCCGGAGCAGGCAGCGCAUGGAGCCUGGGGGCCUCAGUGGGAAGCCCCUGCGGGAGCUCUCCACACAGACCAUCAAGGAGAUGUAUGCUCUCACUCAAGGCCGGGUGCCCAUUAUUGGCGUAGGUGGGGUGAGCAGUGGGCAGGAUGCCCUGGAGAAGAUCCGUGCUGGAGCCUCACUUGUGCAGCUGUAUACAGCACUCGUGUACCACGGGCCACCAGUGGUGGGGGCAGUGAAGCGGGAACUGGAGGAGCUGCUGAGGGAGCAGGGCUUCAAGAACGUCAUGGAGGCAGUUGGAGCAGAUCACCGCUGCUGACAUGCUGCAGAAUGAAGGUCUGGCUGGGAGGAGCCACGGCAGAGCAGGGAUGGGUGUGACAAUUCCAGUGCUGGGCAGACUGAGAUUGAGAUGAGGUCCUGGUUCCAUCCCCUGGGAAGGGUCCGAUGGGUGAAGCAGGGGCUGCACUGCUGGGCAGCAGGGGACAGGGCCUUCACAACAGUGCUGCUUUUUCAGGGCUGUGUUCUGGCUUCCCUGUGGACAGCAGAAGGGAGUGUCAAUAAACAUUUGUCUCACCUGA